GCUUCGCAAAAUACAUCGAUUACGGAGCACUGCUCAGCAGGCCCGUAUUUCCGCUGGCUUGUGGCGCACUGGCGCUCUUCCUGAAGGAGUCUUCGGACAUCAGGUCCAUGGCCUCGCUCGGCGCGCUCUCCUCCGCUGGCGUCGACAGGAUAGAGUUCCUCGAGGCCUGGCUUCAGCAUUGGAUGCGCCACCCGAACACGCACGCCAGGAUCAUCAGAGCCUGGCCAAGGAUCAAGACCACCCUGCUCGCCGCUGGCCCCAAGCUGUGGCGCAAGGUGAAGGGCCCCACAGGCGCGGCCAUCGCGACCCUGCUAGAAGCCAGCUGGGAGCCGACCUCCGCUACGACGUGGAGGCGCACGAAGGACGGCUACAUCGAGGAGUGGAACCUUCCUCUCGCCGACGACCCUGACCUCCUCGACGCCGACAUCCACACAGUAUUGCAAGACCUCAGCGAAGAUCUACACCGACUUCUCUGGAGGCAGGCCGCUACACACAUCCAUGGAGACACGCUUGCAGGAGGCGCAGACAUGGCCACUAUCCGCAUCGAGCAAAAGAGGUUCCUCGCGAAUGGCGACUUCAGCGAUUGGGCCCUCAACAAUACCAUCACCAGCGGAGGACAGUGGACCAGAGACCGCCUCCACAACGCAGGCUACCAGAUCGACAGAAACUGUGACCGCUGCAGCGCUCGCGCCCCUGAAACCCUGUUUCGCCGCAUGUGGCAGUGCGAUGCGAAUGUUGGGCCCGAGUUCGAGCUCUAG